AUGUCAACAACAGAGAACACAACAACUGCUAUCGUUCAUGAAGCCAUAAAUGAAGAAUACGAAUACAUACAGUAUAACAAACAAUUGAGACUCAUUCGUUCAGUCAAAGAUGACAUGUACCAAAUGCAAAGUAUAAUGAAUGCUCUUCUUUCUACAAAGCAAGCAUAUCAUUGGUUUGAAAACCAACAGGCAAAAGAACUUUUAGAAGAAUUUCCUCAUAUGAUUGCUUCCCUCGGAAAACCGAGGGAAGAGAUUCCGUACGAAAAUCGCAAGAAUUUGGCACCUGGUUUGAAAGGUUAUUAUGUUCAUAGACUUCUUGUAAAUGCUGUAGCAAUGUGGGCUUCACCUCGUUAUGCUUGUUAUAUUUUCAUGAUGUUAGAUGAACUAUAUAAAGCAGAACGUGGAGAGAUGGAAAAGAAACUUCAAGCAAAAGAUGAAGUCAUUGAAUCCAAAGACAAAAGCAUACAGAAAAGAAUACCACGUUCAGUACCAAAAGGAAAGGAAAAGAGUUAUAAGUAUAUGAUUUACGCUGAAGAGUUGGAGAAAGAAGAAGAUAGAGAUAUGGUUAUGUUGCAUUUAGUCAGAAGAAACAACAAAAGCUUUUACGACCUUGCUAAGAUUUACAAAUCUGACAGAAACUG